AUCUCCACCGUCCAUUUUCUCAUCAUCUCCAUUAUUCAAUUGUCACAAAUAUUUAAUCUCUCUCUAACACACACACACAAACACUUCACAUUUGGGGCAAGAUUUUUGAUACAAAAAGCAGUUGCAAGAUCUUGUUGUCAGGGGGGAAGUCUCCACUCUUUCAAAGAAGAAUGGAGACAAAACAUGUGUGUCUUUUGGUGCUAACCGUACUCUGUUUAAUCGUUUCGAUCGCGGAUGCCGACACAUCGCCAGUAUUGGUGAAAAAGGUCAAGGGCAAAAAAGUUUGCGAUCAGGGUUGGGAAUGUAAAGGGUGGUCCGAAUAUUGUUGCAACCUCACAAUAUCUCAAUAUUUUGAUUAUUAUCAAUUUGAGAAUCUUUUCUCGAAAAGGAACGCUCCAGUGGCACACGCUGUCGGUUUCUGGGAUUUUAAGUCGUUUAUCACCGCUUCAGCCAUUUAUCAGCCCCUAGGGUUUGGUACCACCGGCAACAAGACGACGCAGAUGUUGGAGAUUGCUGCUUUUCUUGCUCAUGUUGGAAGUCAAACUUCUUGUGGAUACGGAGUGGUGACCGGAGGGCCCACAGCAUGGGGAUUAUGUUACAACAAAGAGAUGAGCCCUAUGCAAGAUUAUUGUGAUGAUAACUAUAAAUACACUUACCCUUGUGCCCCUGGAGCUUUAUAUUUUGGUCGUGGUGCUUUGCCCGUUUUCUGGAACUACAACUAUGGAUACCUUGGCGACUGCUUAAAAGUCGACCUUUUACACCAUCCCGAAUACCUCGAACAAAACGCCACUUUAGCAUUCCAAGCAGCAAUUUUCCAAUGGAUAACUCCGUUGAAAAAGGGCCAGCCGUCGCCACACGAUAUCAUGGUAGGCAACUGGAAGCCCACCAAAAACGACACCGACUCCAAAAGGAUUCCUGGAUUCGGAGCCACCAUGAAUAUCCUAUAUGGCGAACGCACGUGUGGAAAAGGCGAUGUCGAUGACAUGAACACCAUCAUUACACAUUACUUGUAUUAUCUUGACUUGAUGGGCGUUGGCCGAGAGCAAGCUGGGCCCCACGAGGUUCUUACGUGUGCCGAACAGAAACCGUUUAACCCUUCGACGGUUACUAAAGACUCGGCUUCGAGUUAACCUUGGGGUUGAAGUAAAACACCAUGUUUGAGGUUCAUGGUCCUUUGUUAUUAAGUGUUUUAUUAUUUAUUUUGUGAGAUAUGUUUUUUUUUUUUUUUUUUUUUUUUUUUUUUUUUUUUAAGUUGGAAUUUAUAAAGACAAAUCUUAUAUAAGUUUGUUCAGAUUAUGUUUCUUGGGUUUGCUUUUGUAUUAUAAUUUUUUAAUAAAAUUGUAUCAAGACAUGUUAUCAUGUUA